UCUUCAGCUGAGACACAAACAGAAACUCAGCUUCCCCCCCCUCCGAGGUCCGGAUCGUGUCCCUCACUAAAUCCACAGGGAAAAUCCACAAAUAUGACUCUCAGCAGCUGGGAGAAGUUCUGCUAACAGUCCAGACGCAGAUCCACUGAAAAACAGGAUUUAAAAAAGUUUGACGAGAUGUCCGGCCUCGGUGGUUUGAUCUCAGACUCGAUAGUGGACGGUGCAUUUCCACCUGAUGGUUCAACUGCAGAGCCUCAAGUUGUUGGAGGUGUAAAUCCACCAUACGAGGAUAGGAAGAAGAAGACAAAUGAAGAGGAGGAGGGAGAAGAUGAGGUGUUAAAGAAGGGGGAAGAUCACAGAGACAAGGAGGAGGAGGAGGAGGAGGAGGAGGAGGCGAUCCGCUCUGCUCUUCUGGAGCUGAGCACGUUGCCGUGGCCUGGGGACAAAGACAGGAGGCCUCAGACGGACACCAGCGAUGGAGCGUGGUCAGAGACACGAGGGUCAAAGCCUGAGGAGAGGGACACUGGGUUCAGCGCAGGAAGUCAGGACACGUCGGAGGAGAAGCAGAGCGAGGCCGAGGGACACAAGAAGGGCAAGGCCAAGUGGAGGGAGAGCAUGCCCGAGGGGGACAGGUGGAGGGACGACGUGGACGAGCCGCAGCGGGACGGGGACGGCUCCGGCUCCCAGGCAGACGAUGAAUAUGAGGAGGAGGAGGGAGGAGGAGGAGGAGGAGGAGGAGGAGGAGGAGGAGAGUCCCACUGGAUGUCAGAGAAAGCUGCUCUGGGCUUCACUCCACAAGUCACCAUCGUGCAUCCGUCCGGCAGAAGUCCUCCAGAGGAGAGUCGGCUCUUCAUAGAGAAGGAGGGCGAGCCGCAGGUGGAGCCGGACGGGGACGCACAGCUCGGCCCGGAGUGGACGGAGCAGGACGACGAGGACUUUCUGUGUGAGCGGGGGUGCAGUGUCAAGCUGCUGCUGGUUCUGUCGACGGUGGCCGCGGCGCUCCUCUUCCCUCUCCUGGUGUGGGGGGGCUUCGAGCUCCUCCCCUUCGAGCCGCCGCUGCUGCAGAGCGCCCCCCUCAGGGUGGUGUACACCCUGCGCUGCUCCUUCUUCGCCAUGAUCCCCCUCCUGCUCGGCGUGCUGGUGCAGGGCGUCGCCCGCCUGCGGCACAGCGAGAUGAAGCCGCUCUUCCAGAGCAAACUGCUGAACAGGGAGGUCGCCGUGCACUGGCACUACGUCAACGAGUCCCUGGCCCUCUUCCUCUUCUACUUCCUGCAGCUGGCCGUCAUGGCGAGCUACAUCAGCCAGGAUCUGGUCAAACUGGUGCCGCUGCUCACCAUCAUGUUUGUUUUUGGCAGACUCAUCUACUGGAUCUGCCUCUCUCUGGGCAGCAGCUUCCGGGGCCUCGGCUUCGGCUUCUCCUUCUUCCCCAUCCUGGUCAUGCUGGGCGUCAACCUCUACUACAUCUGCUCGUCAGUGGGACAGGAGUCGGUGUUCGACGUGGAGCCGCCCACCACAGCUCCGCCUCCCAGUCUGCGCUGGUGGGGCUGAAAGACGACGUCCGAGAAGAGAGGAGGACGAACGGCUGGCAAAGCUUUACGACACAGAACCCACAAACCCUGGCUUGUUCUUUGAGCAUCUUUCCAAAGUUCUAAUCCUUUAAGAUUGUGGUUACUGAAAACACUGGGCAGAAACUCAUCAGAGGAAGAACCAAUACUAUUAGUUUGCAGAGCAGCUAAACAAACAUGCUUUCAUAAAGUCAGUGAAUAUUAACUAUUAAGGAUUAUAAAUGUUGUUAUUUGAUUACUUUGUGAACAUAGAAAUGCUCAAGGAUCUGAAUCAGGUUGGGACUUAAAGUGAAGCUCAGGUUGUUCUGUAUGAAUAUGAAAAUGCAAUAAUAUUCACACCGUUUAUUGGACUUAAAACUCUAGAGAUGUGUGAAGGAGCCUCUUCCUCCUCCUCCUCUUCUUCACAAUGUUAUUAUUUUUGUACCAUUUAUCUUGUGUCACAAACCUUUUCACUGUCAGGAACGUCUCCUCGUGCUGAGCCGCUGAUGAUCCAGUUCUGAGGCUGAAUCGUUUCAGUGGGAUAAACCCGAGUUUGGAUGUGAAGCAGAAAAACAGGAAAAAUAAACACGUUUAAAAACUCCGUUAUGAAAAGUAAAUAUUUCAGGGAUUAGAUUUUUUUUUUUAUGAGGUUGAAUUAUUCGCAUCAAGUUGUUUUAUGAAUCCUGUUUCUUAUUUUGUUGUCGCAGAACUGGUACUCGCGACAUCUUUAUACUCUUUAUUUAUAACGAAACAUGUCUUUGUUUUAUUGAUCAGAUGCUUUAGUGACAUUAGUUGCUGAGUUGUUUUUUCGUUAGUCUCGCUUCUUUCUGUUGAAGGAUUUUUCUCAUUGUA